AUGGUGGCGCCUUCUUUAGAUGGCAUGGGGCCCGUCCGUGGCCCAGGGGAGGGGAGCCUCUGUGAGGCGGCGUCCGAAUCUGAGGACCCUGUGGCUCUGUUGUCGAUGCCCCCUCCCAGCUCCCUGUGUCGGUUUGUGUCGCUGCAGCAGCACCGCGCUGCUGCAGCAGGUUUGUCUGGCACUGGCAGCAAACAGCCGGCUGCUGCAGCGGCAGCUGACGGGAGAAGCAGCAGCACGACGCAGCAGCCACUUGCGCUCAGCUUCGACCCCUCCACCUCAGCGCCGCUCAGCAAGCUCUCAGUUUCUUUGCUGCCAGACUCUCUGCGGCGCCAUUUCCAGCGCGAGACGCAGCUAAGCACAGACCGGCGGCAGCCAAACUCGCAGGCAGCUUCAGCAGCUGCUUACGACUGCAUUCGCCACCCGACGUACGCUGCGCGCGUCUCUGAGCUCGCACCCCUAGCAAUAGUGUUGCUGAUUUCUUUGGUGGCCCGUUUGCGGCAGCGGCAGCAGCAGCAGCAGCAGCAGCAAGUGAUCGGCAACUGCCUCAUAUACGCGCAGCUGCUGCUGGCCCCGCCCUCGCCGUCGCUGUCGCAACAGAUGCAUGCAGGGAAGCCGUUCAUGUGCUUCUGCUGCUCUCGUCGCUUCUCCACAUCUGCUGCGAAACUGCAGCACUUGGAGAAGCACAUGCGACGACGCCUGCAGCAGCAGCAGCAGCAAAGUGGAGGCGGACGACACUCCUUGGCAUCCUCCCGCACAGCCUCCGCAGCAGCAGCAGCAGCACAGCACGCGUGGCCGGGAGUGUCUAGCUGGAUAGCAGCAGCAAGCCGUUCCUCCUUCGACGCAGACGGCGCUGCAGCAGCAGCUGCUGAGGCUGAGGCUGCCCCUGCAGCACCAGCAGACACGCCCUCAGCACUGGAGCAGCAGAUGAAUGCUGCAGUGCAUGCGCUCAGCUCACUGGGAAAGGCAGAAAUGAGACAGCACGAGGCGCAGGGGGCCCUGCAGGCCUUUCAAGAGGGCCCACUUGAGGGAACUCAAAGCACCCAGUCGGGCCAGAUUCGCUUUCCUUCCUGGCUGCCUCCUGUUGUUGCUGCUCAACUGGCGCUGCAUGCAAUGCAGACAGACACAGCUGCUGCCUCUGCUGCUUCACAGAGCGGGUCCACAGCGUCGGCUUCCUCGCAGGCAGUGCGUGAAAGCUCACGGGGGGAUUCAGGACUCGCAGUACCUGGACCGGCAGCAGCAGCAGCAGCAGCAGCAGCAAGCAACGAGCAGCUGCAGCAGCAGACGCACGCAGAGAACCUGGCGUCGGUGGCGACAGAAGUGGCGCAGCAACUGCAGCAGCACGAGACGAGACUGUGGCAGUGGUGCUUUUCAGCAGCAGACGUCAGCUGCAGCAAAACAGAACCGCUUGGGAGCCUUCCAGGGACAUUCUGUGGGAGUGGGAUUCCAGCAGGAGGAGCAGAACUUCCCGAAGAAAGCAUGAGGCGCAAGCGCGCUGUUGCUGCUGCCACGCCGCAGCAGUGGACUGCUGCUUUGCUGCAGCUCGCUGCAGCCAUUCCCACUGAGAAAGCAGCUGCUGCUGCUGUUGCUGCGGUGGGUUCGCAGACGGCGGAUUCUGCAGCGGUGGAGGAGUCAGAGCGUGUGUUGCUUGCAUUGCGUCAGUGCUCCGCGGCAGCAGCAGCAGCAGCAGAGGCAGCAGCAGCAGUCAGUCCCUCGCGAGUCCUCCUGCAAGAGGCCGAGAGGCUGCGGCGCUGCUUUUUAUGCAGUUGUUCUCUUGGCCUUAGUCUUGACGAGCAGCAGCAGCAGUAUUACCUGCGAGAUGCCGUUGCUGUGGCCCUUAAACAGCAGCAGCAGCAGCACCUGGCUGAUGCUAUCGUAGCUGCCGUCGCCCCUGCUCUCCGGGCAGCAACUGCCUCUGCAGGGAAUAGCAACAGCGGCAGCAGCAGCGAGAACAGUACCGGCGAAAAUAGCAACUGCAACAUGAGCGUUGAGAACAAGGCUGAGCAAAGUGAGGAACUGAGUUUGGGAGGGCUUGCGGCAGCAGCAGUAGCAAUGUCUACCAACCCGCUCUUGCAGCUUGUUGAGGUGAACCCUGCGGACAAUUUUUGUGAUUGUAACAGCCGGCAGCAGCAUCAGCAGCAGAAGGACAAACAACAACAGCAGCAGCAACAGCCUAAGUACUUGCAGGUGAGCUCUUGUAUCGGGGCGCAGCCUUCUGUCUUAUCUGUUGCACUCGAAGUAGAAGCAGCAGCGCUGCAACAACAGUCGGAAGGCGGGUGCCCUGCUGCUGCCACCGCCGCUGCAGCGGCGGAGGGACGCGCAGCUAGUGCAGUGGACGCGGCAGCAGCUGAAGCAGCCUACAAGAGCCUUGUGAGCAUGGAAAUGACCGAUGGGGAGCUUGAACCACUGCAGAAGGAAAUUUUAUCAUUGUUAAGGCAGCAGCUACCUGCCCCCAAGCAGCAGCAGCAGCGCACAGUAGCAACUGACCCUGAUGCAAGUAAUGCUACUGCAGCAACGGCUGCGUGCAGUGAAUUGACGCUAAAGCGGGUGCUGCCGCCUGACUUGGUGUACCUACAUCGAGAAUGCUACAUGCAGCAUCUCCAGCAGCAGAGGUCACUUUUUCAGUUGCUUCUUUUAUUGUUACUGCUGCGCCUCUCCGGCGCGCAGGAAAACAAGGAGGCCCUUCAAGCCAUGGGUCGUCUCUUGGUGCAAUUGUUGCAACAACAUGAAAGCACCAGCAAAAGCGAAAGCAGGAAGCCCCAAGUAGGACCUUCCUUGAUGGGGCAUAAUGAACAGCUUGGAGCUUCUUCUCUCAGCUUGGGAAAGCCUCUGCCCAUCUCUCGAAAGAUCCGAAGGAGAUUUUGA